UCGUGUCAUUUGACAUUCUGGCGGGCUCGAUAGAGAGAAGCGCUUCGGUCGAACCGACACAGUCGCCGGAUUAGACCGGCACCAGGUAUGACGACGGUCACCGCUUUCUCACCAGCCGCCGUUCGACCACCAAUGUGUUUCCUCAACACUGCCAGAUGCCCCAAACCGUCCCGUUUCAAGGUCUCGGCCGAUAAUUUUCCUUCAUUUCUCCCAAAACAAGUAGAGAAAAUCAAAGAUCCAUUUGCUCGAAAGUUAGCUACUAGGAUUCAGAGACUUCCAGUUCCUGUUAGCUUCUUAGAGAAUCCAAUCAUGAGCAGUUGCGUGAAGCCAUUGAUGCAAGAGCAAUCCACUCCUGUUGUGCUCCUACACGGUUUCGAUAGUUCCUGCUUAGAAUGGAGAUACACACUUCCUCUGCUUGAGGAAGCUGGUUUGGAGACAUGGGCAAUUGAUAUUCUUGGCUGGGGGUUCUGUGAUCUAGAAAGGACUCCGCGAUGUGACGUUGCUACCAAACGUGAACACCUCUAUCAAUUUUGGAAGACCUAUAUCAGAAGACCAAUGCUAUUAGUUGGGCCUAGCCUUGGUGCUGCUGUUGCUAUUGACUUUGCUGUCAAAUAUCCUGAAGCUGGACACUUAUUACAGGUUGAUAGCUUGGUUUUCCUUGAUGCAAGUGUUUAUGCAGAAGGCACUGGCAACUUAGCAAAAUUACCUAAACCAGUAGCAUAUGCUGGGGUUUAUGUGCUGAAGAGAACCGCAUUGCGAUUUUAUGGGACCUCUUUGACCUAUAACAGUUUACCAUUUGACACAUGCUUAGAAAGGACAAAUGUGGGUCGUUUACAUUGUCUGCUGCCUUGGUGGGAAGAUGCAACUGUGGCUUUCAUGACUAGUGGGGGUUAUAAGGUAUCUUCACAGAUAAAAAAGGUGAAGCAGAGGACACUUAUCAUAUGGGGUGAGGACGAUCGAAUUAUCAGCAGCAAACUUGGCGUGAGAUUGCAAUGUGAACUUCCAAACUCAAAACUUCGUCUAGUGCCAGAAUGUGGUCACAUCCCUCAUCUAGAAAAGCCCACUGUUGCUGCAAAGAUGAUAUUGGAGUUUUACAAAGAGAACCAACAGUUAGAGAGUUCUGUACGUUCUGCUAAUAAAGGUUCCCUUUCUUCUCCAUUCAAGCUUGUGCGCCCUUAGAGGUUGGAGUAUUUGCUCUGCAAAAACUAUUCCAUUUCUGUCCGAUGCACAUUCCCCAAAAUUACCGAGUCAGUGUUCUUUUACCAGUUUUUCUAAAGAGGGCUGUGAUAUCCCAUAGUGGUUGUGUUAGUAAUGGACACUUGCAAUACUUAAUUGUCACAAGUUGAGAGCAAAGAACAUGAACAAUGACAUUAUAGUUAAAAUGUCAAGCUCAAUGCAAGUUCUUCCAAUGAAAUAUACAAAAUACAAAAACAGACUGGUCCACUUGUUUGGGACAGUGUUGUGGUUUGUAAAACCUUUUUGAGUCGUAAUAAACGGUGUUAGGAUCCUAGUCAGAAUCCCCAGUUCUCAUUUUGUUCUCUUUUU